GACACCAUGGAACUCCUCAAACCUUCUACUCUUUUACUUGUGAUAUUGAGUCUCACUAUGAACUCUAUGGGUUCUACUCAUGGUCCAAACAAAGGGGGUUACUGGCCUUCAUGGUCCAAUGAUUUCCCACCCUCGGCUAUUGACACCACUCUUUUCACUCAUGUUUAUUAUGCUUUUCUAGCUCCAAAUAACACAACAUUCAAGUUUGAAAUCGACAGUCAUACCGCUGUCUUGCUUAAAAACUUCACCACCACCCUUCACGAAAAGACAACACCGGUCAAAACAAUGUUUUCCGUCGGAGGUGGCUCAUUUGGCUCUAAAACCUUUUCCCGCAUGGCCUUAGAUCACAACUCGAGGAAAAGUUUCAUCCUUUCCUCUGUAGAAGUAGCACGCAAGUUUGACUUUGACGGAGUUGACCUAGAUUGGGAAUUCCCACAAAACCCUAUAGACAUGGUCAACUUUGGCCACUUGCUUCACGAGUGGCGUGUGGCGGUCAAAAAAGAAGCUAAGUCAACCAGCAAACCACAACUUCUUCUUUCAGCCGCCACAUAUUUUAAACCAGAAAUUACGUUGGAUAAUGUUUAUCGUAAGUAUCCAGUGAAGUCCAUAAAUAAAAAUUUGGAUUGGAUAAACGCAAUGUGUUAUGAUUAUCAUGGGUCAUGGGAUCUCUCUGCAACCGGGACCCUUGCUGCCUUAUUUGACCCACAUAGCAAUGUGAGCACAAGUUACGGGCUACAAUCAUGGAUCAAGGCUAAGAUCCAUCCAGAAAAAUUGGUGAUGGGGUUGCCAUUAUAUGGUCGAACAUGGAAACUAAAGGAUCCAACUUUAUAUGGUAUUGGAGCUCCAGCUAUCGAUGUAGGACCAGGAAUUGAAGGAUCAAUGCCUUACGUAGAAGUGCAAGAGUUCAACGCCCAAAAUAACGCCAAGGUGGUAUUUGACGAUGCAACGAUAUCUUAUUAUUCUGUUGCAGGAACCUCUUGGAUUGGAUAUGAUGAUGUUAGAUCAGUAAAAUUAAAGAUAGAAUACGCUCGCUUACUUAAAAUAGGAGGAUAUUUCUUUUGGGCGGUCGAUGGUGAUCAAGAGUGGAAAAUCUCCCGACAAGCUUCAGAGACUUGGAUUAAUUGAAAACUCAAGGACAAGACUUUGAAGUGGAUUCAAGGAAUAAGACGUGCAUCAUUUUGUUUGAUUACAUAUUAUAUGUUUGCAAUUGUCUUUCUUAAUGUCGAGAAAAAAAAAAACAAAUUUAUUAGUUUUGUCUUAGUCAUGAGUGAUGCGCCCACGAACAUUUAAAAUCCAUGGCAGAUUUGUCUGUUUAGUGGAUACGUAUAUAUCUAGACAUUGAUUUUGUUUAUACAAAACUUGAAUGGGCACACCAAAGUGGAACUUUUAAGGUCA